AUGAAUGUCGUCGAUGGAUCCGACCGCUUUGACAAACCUUCCCAAGGCAAUCCCUCGCUCCUCACUAUCAUCCUAGACACAAAUCCAGCAUCGUGGUCCUUACUCUCUCCAACCCUCACGCUCUCCAACGCUGUCGCCAACCUCCUCGUCUUCAUCAAUGCUCAUCUCGCCGCCAACUAUACGAAUAAAGUCGCGGUAAUCUCUUCCCACUGUGACAAGGCACGUUGGCUGUACCCAACCCCGACCGAACAACGGCCCCCCUCCUCUGCCUCCGAACGCUCAAAACGCCCACCCAGACAAUCUCAAGAUCUAUCUGAAUCCGCCAAACGGCUGAAACUUGACCACUCUACGACCCUCAAUCUUCAACCCCCAUCUUCAUCGUCAACAUCACCCUCGUCGACGGAUACCGGCAACAAAUACCGACCCUUCCGGCUCGUCGAGGAAGAACUCCUCCGCAACCUCACCGCUCUGCUCUCAGCCACGACGCCCGAAGCCGUCUCAUCCAGCACCUCGACCAUGAUCGCCGGCGCCCUGACCUUAGCCCUGAGCUACAUUAACCGUGAGUCAAUGGCGUACGCAGAAACCGCAAUUGGAGCCGCCGGCGCAACUGGCCCUGGGGACCCUAACACCAUAUCCACGACCAGGGCCGAAGGGAGCAUAAAUUCCCUCCAGUCACGAAUUUUGCUGGUCUCCGCCUCGCCCUCCACAGACCUGGCGCACCAGUACAUCCCGAUCAUGAACGCAAUAUUUGCGUGCCAGCGCCUCGCGAUCCCCAUUGACGUACUCCAGCUCCCUCUACCGCAACCCACCUUGGUAGCUACCGGUUCUGCCUCCGCCUCGUCUUCGGCACUCUCAUCCAACUCCACCGUCUUCCUCCAACAAGCCGCCGACGCCACUCACGGCAUCUUCAUUCUAGCUCAGCUCCCCUCGCCCGGAUCGCCAGCCUCUGCCUCACAAGCACUGCUGACCUACCUCCUUUCGUCCCUGCUACCGCCGAUCUCCACACGCCGUGCACACCUGAUCCUCCCCACGCGGAUCGACGUGGAUUUCCGGGCCGCAUGCUUCUGCCAUCGUAACGUCGUGUCCACGGGCUUUGUCUGCAGUAUCUGCCUGAGCAUUUUCUGUUCUGUACCGGACAACGGGGACUGUUUGACUUGUGGUACGCAUUUGACCGUCGGGCGGUACGGAGCGAGACCUGUUGUGGUCCCCGGAAAGACGAGGAAGAGGCAGGCUGGGAGGUGA